UCUUCACUCGCAAACAAUCAUCCAAAUCCCCAAUCCCCCUCUCCAAAAUGGCACCAAAGGCAGAGAAGAAGCCCGCCGCCGAGAAGGCCCCCGCGGCAGAGAAGAAGCCGAAGGCAGGGAAGAAGCUGCCCAAGGACGCCGGCGCCGCGGACAAGAAGAAGAAGCGGAGCAAGAAGAACGUGGAGACGUACAAGAUCUACAUCUUCAAGGUGCUAAAGCAGGUCCACCCCGACAUCGGGAUCUCCAGCAAGGCCAUGGGCAUCAUGAACAGCUUCAUCAACGACAUCUUCGAGAAGCUGGCGCAGGAGUCGUCGCGGCUGGCGCGCUACAACAAGAAGCCGACGAUUACCUCGCGCGAGAUCCAGACUGCGGUGAGGCUGGUGCUUCCCGGUGAGCUGGCGAAGCACGCCGUCUCGGAAGGGACGAAGGCGGUUACCAAAUUCACUAGCUCUUGAAUUGAUUGAUUUGUUAGGGUUUGCUUUUGUGCUUCUUAGAUUUGGGAUUGAAUUGAGGUAUUUUGUGUUUGUAAAGAACGCUGAAUUUGGUUAAUUGAAAAAAACUCAAUUAGGGAUUUAGGGUUUCAAAUUAUGUUUAUUCUUAAUUUACAAACUUUAACUUAAUUUGGUUA